UGCGAAUCCUUGUGGCGCCAUGGAUGCGGAUGGAGCUUGCGAAGGACGACAACUUGAUAUCGGGGGAAGGGACGUGGUGCUGGUGCCACGGCGUUUGCUUCGCGAGGUGAUCCAGGACGGAUGCUGUCCCAUUCAUCUGCGCUUGCAACUGGCGAGAGCGAUGGAUGGAUCUUCCAGGAUGUUAAAACGACACCUGGAGUCUCAGCAAGACACUGUGGUGGGGCCCUUGGGCCCUUCGGAGAGUACAGAAAUGGUAGUGGAAGGUGGCAGUUGCGGCUCCGAUCCCUUGAAGGCGGGGCUCAGUGGGCAUUGCCUGUCAGCUGUGGCGCUGUUCUUGUCCCUCCCAGAGUUGCUGGAAGUCAGAGCCAGCGGCUGUGCUCAAGACGACCAGCAGGACGACGGCUUCAAGCAGAAGAAGGAGCACGACAACACUGCCUAUGAGGAGACGGCCGACGUGGACAAGGAGAAGACCCAGGAAGAGAUCGACGAGGCGUUGAAAGGUCUGAAUAUCUCCGAUGAUCUGCGGAGAGCUCUUCAGGAGGCACAACAAUGGCAGCCGGAAGUGGAGAGACUGCCAGGCGCCUUGAGAGACAAGGAUCCUACGGAGUUUGCGAUCGCCAUCAGGCUCUCGGAAAUGAAGGGCAGCCAGGGCAGUCCGUCAGAUCUACAGAACUACCAGAUCAUGGCUGAGGAACUGCUGGCGCAGGCGAAGGACGGGAUCUUGCCCUCGCAGAUCCUGCGGACGGCCGUGGAGGAAGCUGAAGAGUGGGCAGCCGAGUUUCCGCAGCUGAAAGGUGCACAGAAGCGCUUGGCGAUGGAAGAAAAGAAAGACGCCGCGAGGACCAAGCUGCGAGGCGCCUUGAAAAGUAGCGAUCCGGCGGAGAUCGCGCUGGCCAUCAGGUCAGGCAGGGAGUCGCAACUUGAGGACUGGGAGAUGAACCCUGCCGAACGCGCGCUGGACUCCAUCCGACGGGACAUGAUGAACACCUUGGCACAGGUGCUUCGAACGCUUCAGCGCCUCGAUUUGCCGCUGUCGUUAUGUUGGAACUGGAGCGCCAAUCGUAUGCCCCAAGCCGCAGCCACUGGGUCCAAGUCAGCCGCAGUCCUAUCGUAUCGUCGUAUCGUCGUAGAAAGCACAGCAUGGGCAGCGGCGGAAGCAGGGCCUGGAGACUCAAGGGCCACUUUCAGGGAGAACGCCACGUCUCCCUCGGAUCCCUCCUUGAAGAGCGCCGUCUCGGAUCCCCUGGACGAGCUGAAGUUCACCGAUGAAGCUUUUUGGAAGCAUUUGGGCGCCCUGAAACGAGAACCGUUGGCUCUGCCUUUGUUCGCGAAAGCGCUUGGUGUGCACAUUGCGAAGCACGAAGUCACGGACCGCGAGGAUGGCACCUUUUUGGUCACCAGCACCAUCGGGGGCUACUACGGCGGCGAGGUGGAUGUGAACUUCACUCACAGCUACGACGCUGACAGCAACACCUGGACCCAAAAAUGCGACCGCGAUCCGGGACUUCAGAAGGUGAGCAAUCAAGUCUGCUUCAGGUUGCACUCCACGCCCCGAGUGAUCGAAAUCUGGUGCGUGAACGAUGAAGCCCGAAACGCCGGCAUGGAGGUGGCUAUGGGCCUGAAGGCUGCCAUAGGUGGCAUCGUGGGAACAAUGGGUGCACCCGAAGGCACGGACGUCGAAGUGAAGGCCGAUCAGCCCUCCAGAGACGGAUCAGGCAAGCUUUCUGCAGUCAGCGCACCCAUCGACAGCUUGUGCAGCAGUCCUGACAAGUUCCUGGACGCCUCAAUGGAACUGGUGAAAGCCGGCAAGGGCGCGUACGGCAUGGUCGAUUUCAGCAUCAUCGAGGACAAUGGCAGCAACUUCAAGACGAAGGAGACCACCGACUUGGACGGCAAGGGGGAUCUGAAGGUGAGCUAUCUCCACCACGUCUAUGACAAGAGCAGCAACAGCAUCACCGCCACCAUCUACAAGGAUGAGAAGUUCGACACCAAGAUUGCAUCCUACGUCACGAAGGUCUAUUCGGGGCCCAUGGUGGUGGAGCAGUUCGUGGAGUCCUUUCCCGUGCGCCACGCUGGGGCGGAUGUGAUCAAAGCUGUUCAGCCCCAGGUGGAGCAAGUCUUGACCAAAGCCGUGGAAGAGAGCGCAUGA